AUGCCACCGCAGGAUUUCGGCAUGGUUGAUUCUGUUCAUGACAACAUUGUGCUGAACAAGUGUAUCAAGGACAUCCUUGCACUAAUCAAACCAGUAGAGGAUGAUAGAAGCAAGCGGCUAUCCACAAUUCAGGAGCUGGAAAAUUGUAUCCAUUCUCUUGCAUCUCUGUCAGGUGCUGCUGUGAAACCUUUUGGAUCCUUUGUAUCAGAUCUUUACUCAAAAUCAGGUGUUACUGGAUACAUGCAGUUCAUUCCACAUGCAAGAGUUCCAGUCCUUCAAUAUGUCAGCAACCGCUUUGGCAUCUCCUGUGAUAUAUCAAUUGACAACUUUGUUGGUCGGAUUAAGUCCAAAAUCUUCUACUGGAUCAAUACUUUAGAUGAGCGGUUUGGUGAUAUGGUUUUGCUGAUCAAGGAAUGGGCAAAAGCUCAAAACAUUAACGAUCCAAAGAGUGGGUCCCUCAACUCUUAUUCACUUUGCCUACUUGUCCUCUUUCAUUUUCAGACAUCCGAGCCACCAAUUCUACCACCUCUGAAUGAGAUUUAUGAAGGGAACAUUACAGGAGAUGUUACAGAAGCGGCACUUUAUAAUGACCAACAUCUUGAUGAGGUUGAAGAUCCAGUUGAGAGACCUGAUAAUGCUGCUAGAGCAGUUAGUAUGAAAGGCCUUGACCGCAUUGCUAGUGCAUUCAAUGAUGCUUGUCACAAGUUUUACUCCCUGGAACAUAUUGACCGGAAUGGGGCGCUGUUGUGUACCCCUGUUGUUGGCUUGAAACUUGGUGGGAAAGUCAUAGCAAACCCUUACCCAAAAACUCCACAAAGGAAUAAUCAGCAUACCAGAAAUGGAGGACGGGCUGGGCGUGAUCAAGGUCAAGCACCCAGAGCCAGAGGGUUUGCUGGAAUCAGAUCAGUCCAUAAAGACCCACUAGCGAAUACUGCACAUGAAACAGCAGUACAGUAUCGCAACCAUCCGCAGGCUACAACAGUUCGACAAACAGCCAUACCAUACACAGGCCGUAAUCUACAAACUCAUACUACAGUGCAUCAGACCAUGCCUUACCAGAAUCAUAUUGUUCCACAGGUGUAUCCUACUUGGCCCCAAACAGCUGAACCGUACCAGAAUCAUAAUAAGCAGGUUUAUGCUACUGGGUUGCAAACAACAGCCAUACCAUACACAGGCCGUAAUCUACAAACUCAUACUACAGUGCAUCAGACCACGCCUUACCAGAAUCAUAUUGUUCCACAGGUGUAUCCUACUUGGUCCCAAACAGCUGAACCGUACCAGAAUCAUAAUAAGCAGGUUUAUGCUACUGGGUUGCAAACAGGGCCAUACCAAAGCCAUAAUCAGGUCUAUGCUUCAAGAUUCCAAACAGGACCAUACCAGAGUCGUCGUCAUCAGGUUUAUAGAGCACCCGGAGGAACAUAUCAGAUCCACAAUCGGCAGGCGUAUAAUGCAGGGUUCCAAACCGACAGUCUGCACCAGAAUCAGCAGCGGCGAAAGGGAUAUACAUCAAACCAUCAGACUAACAGGCAUGCUGCGAUGGCAGCGAGGUAUGAGCCUGUUCGUGGACAGUUGAACAACGGAUCGACAUGGGACUCAAGGUCCCAAGCAGCAGACAGUGCAGCUUCGCAAAGAUAG